AACCCUUUUGAUUGAUAGCCCAUCUGCAGCCUGCUGGAAUCCAUCCUCUUCCCACUUGCUGCUCCCCACCCAGCAAUUUCCAACUCAGAGCAAACCCGUGUGUCAGCCCUGCUGGUUGCACCCUGCCUGCCCGGCAUCCCUCUCUCAUUCCUGAGAGGGUUAACAUCUCUUCUGUCUCUGCCAGGAACACCCAGCUGAGGAAGAGAGAGCCGGAGAGCGAUAAGUGGGAUUCUUCCUUUUCUUUUUCGGAUUCUCCUUUCCUCCCUCCCCAUCACCGUAGAGACGGUCUCCGGGGCGAGCGAAGGUGUCAGCGUGCGGAGAGGCAGGGGAAGCAUAGCAACAGGACUUCAGGAUGAAGGUCCAGGAGCACCAUCUCCGGGAGACCAGAAGGGGUUCUAACCUGCAGCUGGGUCUUCUGCCAUCUCCAUCCCUGUGCAGAAAACAGCCCAUAAUUCCAGACCUGCUGAUCAGCCCCAGCGACCAAGGCGAUGGGGACCUGGAGAUGGAGUACCCAGAAGAGAGAGGGAACUGGACCGGGAAGCUGGAUUUCCUUCUCUCCUGUAUUGGCUACUGUGUGGGGUUGGGGAAUGUGUGGCGGUUUCCAUACAGAGCUUACACCAAUGGGGGAGGAGCUUUCCUUGUUCCUUACUUCAUCAUGCUGGCAAUAUGUGGAAUCCCCAUCUUCUUCAUGGAGCUCUCGCUAGGCCAGUUCUCCAGCCUGGGGCCACUUGCAGUCUGGAAGAUAAGCCCGCUCUUUAAAGGUGUCGGGAUGGGCACGAUCCUGAUUGUCUCUCUGGUGGCCAUUUACUAUAACAUGAUCAUUGCUUAUGUGCUCUUCUACCUCUUCGCGUCCCUGACGAGCAACUUGCCCUGGGAGCACUGUGGCAACUGGUGGAACACUGACCUCUGCUUGGAUCACCAGGUCAUCAAGGCAGGGAAUGCUGCCAUUCCAUUCAACGUCACGAACACCGUCAGCCCGAGCGAGGAGUACUGGAAUCGAUAUGUUCUGCAUAUCCAAGGGAGCUCUGGGAUCAGGGAUCCUGGGAGAAUCCGCUGGAAUCUGUGCCUGUGCCUACUGCUCUCCUGGGUCAUUGUGUACCUCUGUAUCCUCAAGGGAGUCAAAUCCUCCGGCAAGGUUGUGUAUUUCACUGCCACAUUCCCUUACUUCAUCCUGAUCAUGCUGCUCAUUCGUGGCGUAACACUGGAGGGGGCCUGGAUAGGAAUCAAGUUCUACCUCACACCCCAGUUUGAUCACCUGCUGUCUUCCAAGGUGUGGAUAGAGGCAGCUCUGCAGAUCUUCUACUCCCUUGGAGUGGGCUUCGGGGGACUGCUCACUUUCGCGUCUUAUAACACCUUCCACCAGAACAUUUACAGGGAUACAUUUAUAGUCACCCUGGGCAAUGCCAUCACCAGCAUCCUGGCCGGGUUUGCCAUCUUCUCUGUCCUGGGCUACAUGUCGCAGGAGCUGGGCAUACCUGUUAACCAAGUGGCAAAAGCAGGUCCCGGCUUGGCUUUCGUGGUGUAUCCCCAGGCCAUGACGAUGCUUCCUCUUUCUCCACUCUGGUCUUUCCUUUUCUUCUUCAUGCUGCUGACCCUGGGCCUGGACAGCCAGUUUGCCUUCAUGGAGACCAUUGUUACCGCAGUGACCGAUGAGUUUCCUUAUUACCUGCGGCCCAAGAAGGCUUUUUUCUCAGCCAUCAUCUGUAUCGCCAUGUACCUGAUGGGGCUCAUUCUCACGACAGAGGGCGGGAUGUACUGGCUAGUCCUGCUGGAUGACUACAGUGCUGGGUUUGGACUCAUGGUGGUGGUGAUUACAACCUGCCUGGUGGUGACACGUGUCUAUGGCAUGAAGCGGUUCUGCCGGGAUAUUCACAUGAUGCUGGGCUUCCAACCAGGGCUGUACUUUAAAGCCUGCUGGAUGUUCCUGUCCCCGGCAAUGAUGCUGGCCCUGCUAGUGUACAAUAUAGUCAAGUACCAGCCCUCAGAGUAUGGGAGUUACCGUUUCCCAUACUGGGCCGAGGUCCUUGGCAUCCUGAUGGGGCUGUUCUCCUGCCUGAUGAUCCCCACAGGGAUGGUGGUCGCGGUGCUCAGAGAAGAAGGGACACUGUGGGAGAGAAUCCAGCAAGCCAGCCGGCCAGCCAUGGACUGGGGCCCUUCUCUGGAGGAGAACAGAACCGGCAUGUACGUGGCUACCUUGGCCGGCAGCCAGUCCCCUAAACCCUUGAUGGUCCACAUGAGGAAAUACGGGGGAAUUACCAGCUAUGAGAACACAGCCAUCGAGGUGGACAAGGAGAUCGAGGAGGAAGAGGAGUCCAUGAUGUGAGGAGGCCACGAACCCAGUGGGGAGCAGAGAAUGGGGACUGCACCCCUGAACUUGCACAGUUGCACUUAGGCACUUCGGGCCGGUUAACAGGCCUUUCUAGAGGCAGCUGCGAGCUGCUGACCUUCCAGCAUCCCAUGGGAUGCCCUGGCCUGUCCAGGAGAACGCUGCUGAGAAUUCCAAUGUUGCUGAGAUUUUCGUUCAGUGUGGCAGGCUGUGUAAUGAAUGUGUGUGUUAGCUCUCCAGUGUCCGGGACCAGCUGCCCAACCCUACCCUGCUCCAGGCCUGCCCCACCUUGCCUGGGUGCCCUCCGCUCAGAGUUAUGACUCAUCGACCCCUGUGUAAAGACUGCGACAUGCACCCACUUUGCACUCCUUUUGCCCAGGCAUCAGUGAGCAAGGCAGUGGAGAACAAGGCUAGUAGUAGCUGUUGUUGUUGCUAAUCUUGUUUAACUCCAAUGACACAUGAACAUUGUGAAGAAAGGAUGUCUUUGUUAACCCCACCCUGUCUGUGGAGGGGUGUGAGUGCCCGUGAGUCCCACCUCUGCUGGGGUCCUCCAACAACAGCAGGGAAGACCAGAUUGGCUAUUCUUGAUAGGUAAGUCUAGGGAAAAGAAACCCCAUGUUAUAAAACAAACCAACCUGCCCCCUCCCAGGCCUUUCUGGGCACGUCAGAGAAAGGUAAAACCUGGCCCUGGGUCUGUGAUAAAUCAAUCCUUUGCAGGUUGCUCUUAAAAGGUAUUUGCACUCUGGGCCCCUCUUCACACUCGGGGUGAGAUGGUGUCAGGUAAACUCCGCAGUGGACUGCAGCUGGUGCGGGGGCACAGCCUCUGGCUGUGGCUGUCCCUCCCCUAUUCCCGCCCAGGGUGGAGCAGAGUAGGGCCCAUGGGGGCGAUGUCUAAUCUCAGCAGUGCCCUCCAGUCACACACCUUGGGAGCAGAGUGCAGGCUGCGGGGGAGCCCACUUGUCGUGAUUGCCAUGUGUUUUUUCCAUUCGUUUGCAAUGUGAGGGGGUCGGCCCACUCGCCCCUGAGUGAAGGAUGCAGCAGGACCAGCCAGGCGCUCUCUGGCAUUGGUGCUCCGUUGUGGUGCAGUGCUUGUGCUGUGCUGACUACCCCGUGAAUUAUGAAUGAGAAGCUAUUGGAAGUGUUACUAAAAUAACUUCACAGAAAGGAAUGGAAAAAACCUCUCUGCAUGGGCUCUUUGCAAGAUCCCAGUCGCUGGGCACAGAGACCCCAUGCUGAGGGGCAGCCUCCGCUCCAGAGUCUUCUCCAGGCAGGGUCAGAAAUCUAGUCCCACUUCUUCUCUUCCAGUACCAGAGUCCAUUCAAGGUGGGCACGGAUCACCUACCCUUGUAGUCCUGGUUAUUGAUGUUUUUUGGGGGGUGUCUCUUAUCUCACAUGGCAAUUGGAAAAUCCUGGACUGGCAAUCAGUGCUUGCAUGACAUGGAGGAUAGCUCCAGGAAUAUUCUGACUUGUUAAAGUCUCCAGGAAGUCCUCUCCCCCAAUGGCCUCUUACAAUUCCUACAGUAGGGUGCCCAGAUAGUAAGUGUGAAAAAUCAGGACGGGGUGGGGGGAACAGGCGCCUAUAUAAAACAAAGCCCUGAAUGUCAGGACUGUCCCUAUAUAAUCAAGUCUUCUGCUCACCCUAUGUUACACACACCUCUCCACACCUUCCUCCCUCGGCAGUCUGAGGGUGUGGGUACCCUGUGCACUGUGAGUACAUCUACACAGCAAAAAUCAAUCAAUCAGUCUGUGGCGGUGAGUCUCAGAGCUCGAUCAGCUGACUCGGGCUUGCGGGGCUCAAAAGAGCAGUGUAGACAUUCUGACUCAGGCUGAAACCCGGGAUAUGAGACCCUCCCCUGUUGCCAGGUUUCACAGCCCGGGUUCCAGCCCAAGCCUGAGCAUCUACAUUGCUUGUUUAGGCCACAGCUUGAACCCUGCAUCAAUUGACCUAGGCACUUAGCUGUGUAGACGUAACCUGAGCCUGGGCUCUGAAUCAGGUUUGAGCCCAAGUCCCACUUCUGUCCACACACAAAUCAGUCUGACCUGGGUCCUAGGACCCUGCUAGGGGAGUGGUUCAGAGCCUGCGAUCUGCCGUGAUGUGGGUCCAAGCCCUGGCAAUUUGCAGUGUGGCUGCAGGUCAAGCCGCAGACCCGAGCCAGAAGGUCUGCGGAGUGCAGUGCGGAAGCGUUGGCAGGGCUGCGAGACCCGGGUCCAGCAGCGUGAAACCAGGUUUUCAAUGCAGUGCGGGGAUGUCUGCAUUUUGAGCUGGGGGCGCAAUCCCCUGUUAGCGCAAUCAGAGGCAGUGCGCUAAAACAGCAGGGUAGCCGCAGUGGUGGGAGUAGCGGAAGGGGGUAGUUGCCUCCCCUCCCCCCGUAUGUGCUGAGAGUCUCCCACGGGAUUGUACGUGAGGCUGCCAGGCCUUCCCGCUGCUGCGUCACGCUGCUACGGUUAGCGCACUAGAUUGGAGCUAGCGUGGGCACGUCUCUCUGAGCCAGACUUUGCCCGUCCUGCUCCAGUGUAGCCACACCCUCAGUGUUGGAGGCCACGGAAUCAAUGGCUCUUGGCAGCAUGAUUCCAGGUCCUGUGAUUUCCAACCUUGCAAGCCUGCCCCGCAGGGUCCUGGCAGUCAGUGUGUGUUUGUGCAUCUGUGCGUCAGCAGCUCAGCUCCUGUGGGUGCUGUUGUGCAUGGAGGGUGAAGGGCACCCUCUUUUAGGGAGCAGCAGUUCACUACCUAAGCUGCCCCCCUGGUGGUUUGUAGUGUACCCCGUGUUUGCCUACUGUGAUGUGUGUUCUUGAGCGUGCGUGUGUUUUUGAUGUAACAUUGCAAACAAAUGAAGAUCCACCCUUCUGUGAGCACUGUUUUCACUGCACCCUGGGCUUGAAAUGGGCAGUUACUGGCGGCUUCCCAGCUCGCUCGCUCUUGCAUUAUUAACGCACCAGUUGUGUAGUGGUGAGACGCCACCUUGGGGGCGAGAAGGGUUAUUUCCACUUCCAGCUGAGCAGUGUUUCCGACACAGCAUUGAAGGACCAAAACUUCUCCCUUAACCUGAGCUCAAACCAGCCUGAACACAGGUUCCAAACCUACCAGCUCAUUCCUAGAGGCCACUGAGCCCAAUGCAUCAUCUCCCAUAACCACCAGACAACUGCUCCAUGGAGGCCCUUAGGCCAUUGUUUUUCAUAUUCAUGAUCCUCUGCACAGCCAGCUUCUGAGCGGGUACGUCUACACAGGGAUACAAAACCCACGGCUGGCCCGGCUCAGCUGACUUGGGCUCGUGGGACCUUGGGCUGCAGGGCUGAAAAAAUCACUGUGUAGAUGUUCACACUUGGGCUGGAGCCUAAGCUCUGGGACCCUACAAGGGUGCAGAGUCCCAGAGCUGAGGUUUCAACACGAUGCCAGAGUCUACACAGAAAUUUGUAGCCCUGCCUCCCAAGCCCCGUGAGCCCUAGUCAGCUGACCCAGACCUUUUAUUGGUCUUUUAUGCCUGUGUAGAUGUACCCAGAGAGACUAGAAGCAGACACACCAACUUAGCACCAGAAAGGCUGUGCUUGGGGGUCCUUGCAACUGAUUUCCAAGGCUGUAUUCGAGAUGGAGCAGAGCCAAAUCCUAGCUCCAAACACCUCUGAACCCAGGGCUGAAUUUUGAAAAUGGCUAAGCCAAACCCCAGGUCCCAAAAACCUCCACGUGGGCUUAAAGUCUCUGUCUGGAUCUGGAUUUUACGGUUUGAGCCUUUCUCCGGCUCCAAUAGCUCAGCUUCUGUGUGUCUCCAAAUCGAACCUCCCCACUUCCUGAGGGCUAUUGCAUCCCCUGGAGUCCAGGACAAUCUGGACUGGGUUUUGAAGAGCUGUGUGUUCCCGAGGUUCAUCCUGGACUGGUUUGGGUUUUGAAGGGCUGUGUAUUCCCGAGAUCUGUCCUAGACUGGAUUGGAUUUGAUUGUAGAUGGCUUUCAUGGGUAAAUGAAGUUUUGUGGUACCGUGUGCUUAGUGCUAAAUGCCAUCUCUAGCACUGGUGGCUUUACGAGAGUCAUCGUGUUGCAGGCAGCUACACUGCAACUGUCCCGCUGUACAUGCAAUGGCCGUGCUGACCGAAGCCCUGUGGACUUUCCCGCCUGGGACCUUUGCCCCGAAGAAGAUAAAUACACAAGAAGCAGCCCAGGCACAGCAGCCAGCUCCCAGCAUGCAACAGAGAGUCCUGUGAGCCAAAGAGCAGGCUGGUGGCCCUUCCUGAGCUAGGCCGGGCCUGCCUGGCAGUCCUGUCUCAGCUCAGUUCCUUUCUGUGCUGAAGACUGGGACGAGACAGGCCACCCACCUGUGCGCUGCCCAAGGACAGCAUAUAACUGACCCCUGCACCUCCUGGGGUCCCUUCUGCAUCUCCCACAUGCCGCUCCCUUCCUCAGUGCCACAGCAAACUUGUAUUGGCGUGGGCAUGGCCGUGGGGGGACGGGGACAAUGAGUGUAAAUACUUUUAUGAUGAAAUAAA